AAAAAUCCCGACUUUUGAAACGUUCGAUCUGCCCAGCUGUCUACCGGGGCGCCGCCUACAGCACUGCCCUUGUCCUGUGCCCAGCGCGACCAGUGCCAGACAAUUAAUUGCAUGCGCCUGGCCGCCAGCUUGCGCCCGCUGCCGGUUCCGAGGGUCGACGUGCCACAGUACACAGUACUGCUCUACCUGGGUACGCUGCCCCCAAAAACGACCUGCCCGGUGCGCCCGACCGCCCACCCGACAGUGUUGGAACCAUCCCGCCCGACUCAAUUCUGCCCACUCCCAGCCUGCCAUUGUCCCGACCGGAGACACACCUUGUCGCGCCUGAGAAUGGACCUUGGCCAACGAACUGUCUGACCCGGCUCCCUCACCUUGAACGCGCCGUCGUCGUUGCCGUGAGACGUAGUCCCGACGACGCCCUGGAACAUGGACCAGCCUUCCCUCGAGCUGCAGCAGCAGCAGACGCAGCAGCAGACGCAGCAGCAGACGCAGACGCAGACGCAGACGCAGACGCAGGCCGACAAUCACCACCAACAGCAAUCGCAACCACAGCCCCAGUCCCAGCCCCAGUCCCAGGAUCAGUCACCACCUGCGAACCAAGACGGACGAAGCAGCAGCGGUGCCACGCCGACAGCAUCCGCAGGAGGAGGACCAGGAGCAGCAGCAGCAGGAGGAGGAGGGAAGGGCAGUGCCGCGGCUGCGGCCGCCGCGAAUGCUCUGAGCUUCAGGAGACCUGUCAUGCGUACGUCAACCCCAUCGUCGACAGACAUCCCCUGGGCCAAGCUACCCAGGGCCCCGGGCAGCCGAGGUCCAGAUCCCCGGCCUGAGACAGCUUCGCGAUGGAAUGCCCGUGACUUGGCUGACACACCCUCGUUGAACAGGAGGAAAGUUCGCUGCGAUGCCGCCUCUCUGGGCGUACCCUGCACCAACUGCGUCGCCUUCCAGAUCGAGUGCAAGAUUCCCACGCCCAAGAGGAAAAAGACCCAGACCGCCUCCACCACUAGGGACUCGGAUAGUGAACGAGGCGAUGGCCCAGAGGAACAGUCUCCACGCCCUGGCACAGGAACGGCCACGUUCAACACCAGGCCACCCGCCGUAUAUCACACUUCAGAAGGUACACCAACGACCACCAUGACGGCGGCACAGACCCACAAGGAGGAGAUCGACAACAAUACUUAUGUAAACCUAGUCAUGAAACCAAAGUUCAUCCGUGCCCCCAUCACCGAAGCCGGCCGUGUUGCCUACCUGGGAGAGUCCUCCAACCUGACCUUGCUUGUCAACGACCGGCAAGGAGCCGCGGAUGUCGUCCAUUACCCCCUGCCCGAGAACGUCCGAGGCUCCAGGGCGAGGCUGACCGAGCUGGACAACGUCGAGAUCGAUAUACUUCACCAACGUGGUGCAUUCUUGCUCCCUCCCCGCUCCCUCUGCGACGAGCUGAUCGACUCGUAUUUCAAAUGGAUACACCCCAUCGUGCCUGUCAUCAACCGCACCAGGUUCAUGAGACAGUACGGGGACCCCAAGAACCCACCCUCGCUGUUGCUCCUCCAGGCCAUCCUGCUUGCCGGAUCCCGUGUCUGCAACAACCCGCAGCUCAUGGACGCAAAUGGGUCCACAACCCCUGCUGCACUGACCUUCUACAAGAGGGCCAAGGCACUCUAUGACGCCAGUUAUGAAGAUGACAGGAUGACUAUAGUCCAAUCGUUGCUGCUGAUGGGUUGGUACUGGGAAGGCCCCGAGGAUGUCACCAAGAACGUCUUUUACUGGAGCCGCGUCGCCACAAUCGUGGCACAGGGGUCCGGCAUGCACCGCAGUGUUGAGGGUUCCCAGCUCAGCCGGGCUGACAAGAGACUCUGGAAGAGGAUCUGGUGGACACUCUUCACCCGAGAUAGAUCCGUCGCUGUGGCCCUCGGGCGACCCGUUCACAUCAACCUGGACGACUCAGACGUGGAAAUGCUGACAGAGGACGAUUUUAUCGAGGACGAAGACGGCCGCCCGAGCGAGUAUCCCCCGGAUCCGAUCCACGUCCAUUUCUUCCUACAGUAUGUCAAGCUCUGCGAGAUCAUGGGGCUUGUGCUAUCACAGCAGUACUCGGUGGCGGCGAAGGGACGUCAACGAAACCCCAUCGAUCUCACCCACAGCGACAUGGCGCUGGCCGAUUGGCUCCAAAACUGCCCAAAGGUGGUUUACUGGGAAAUGCCGCGACACCACUUCUGGUCUGCCUUGCUACAUUCGAAUUAUUAUACGACGCUCUGUUUGCUACAUAGGGCACAUAUGCCCCCGGGCGGGGGCUCCUCGCGGUUUCCGGAAGAUGCGGCAUAUCCGUCCAGGAAUAUCGCUUUCCAGGCGGCGGCCAUGAUCACGUCGAUCAUAGAAAAUCUUUCGGCUCAUGACGAGCUUCGUUACUGCCCGGCGUUUAUCGUUUACAGUUUGUUCUCGGCUCUCAUCAUGCAUGUGUACCAGAUGCGGUCACCUAUCCCCUCGAUUCAGCAGGUCACUCAGGACCGGAUCAGGACGUGCAUGGUGGCCCUGAAGGAUGUCUCGCGGGUGUGGUUGGUUGGGAAAAUGGUGUCGACGCUUUUUGAAGCCAUUCUUGGGAAUAGGACCCUUGAGGAGAGGCUCCAGAAGGCCGCUGGAAAGCGACAUAGCAAGUUUCAGAGGAGCAUGCAGCAACUGGAGCAACACGCUCAAGAUCAGCAGCAACAUCACCAACAACAAAUGAGGGAGUCGGCAAAGCGCAAGUACGACGACAUGGCCAUAGACUUCAGCGUCUCCACGCCAACACCUCAGGAGUCAUAUGAGCGCUCCAGGCCUCAGACACCAAGUCAAACCACAAAGAACGAGCACAGCCACCCGAUGGGACCUCCCCAGAUCACAUCCCCUGGCGGCACCAGGCAGAACAACAUGGACGCGUUCAUGGGCGGAACGGCUUCACGGCCACAGACCAGACCUGCGACUCCGUUCAACCCAUCCUUUUCUGUGCCGACUACCCCUCCAGACCUCUAUCUUGUGACGCGAAACUCCCCGAAUCUGUCGCAAGCCGUAUGGGAGAACUUCCAGCCAGACCAGCUGUUUCCUGAGAGUGCAAGCAUGCCUCUCUUCCCACACCUUUCUCCGACCCAGACACAUCAGAACCUCGACCCCAACUUGAUGGCACCACAGAUGCAACAGGGCAGACAGGGGCAGCAAGCCGCCCCCCUGCAAUUUGGCGGCCACCAACAGCAGCAUGGCAUGCUCAACAGCACGAGCAAGGGCAACAGCCCCGUGCAGCAGCACAACUCAAGCUUCCUGCAGCCCGGCCUCGCUGGGUUUCCUGGCCAGCAGGGUGGGUCUGGCCAACAACAACAGAACCAAAAUGCUAUGUGGAAUACUGGAUUCGACUCGGCCCUGCCAGACGGCCAGAGCCCGGAUAGCUGGAGCACAGGGAGCGCCCAGGGAGCACCGGUGCCAAGUACACUAAACGUUGAAGACUGGCUUCAAUUUUUUGGCAUCAAUGGCGAUCAAGUAAGCCAGCUCAAUCUUGACAUGCCGUCGAUGUGA